AUGACCGCCCGGAUAUUGGGCGUUACCACUGCUCUCUUAGUACUGUCGACCUUGACGGUUGCCCUGCGGUUAUACACUCGGUUUGGGAUUGUUCGAACACCAGGUUGGGACGAUGCAUUGAUUGUUGCGGCAGUGGCCCUCUGGCUCUCUAUCCCAUUUUAUAAUCUCACCCUUACGCUGGCCAAAAUCUCCAUGAUCCUGCUGUAUAUGCGUCUCUUCGCCUCCACGAACAAACGCUUCCGAAUCCUUCUCAUUGUCUUUCUCGUCUUCAUAGUCAUUGUCAGCCUAUGGACCCUCUUCAGCACUAUCUUAAUAUGCCUCCCAGUCCGCGGGUUCUGGGACCACUCCGUUCCAGCCACAUGUCGCUCCUUCGCGGUAGUGUGGUGUCUCAAUGCUGCGCUGCAGAUCGUAACGGAUAUAGUGGUCGUGACGACCCCGAUACCCACCCUCGCACGGCUCCGUCUACCAACGAGACAAAAGUUCGCCCUGAUAUUAAGCGCAACGGCCCAGCAGCAGCCUGGUCCUCCAUCGAAGCCAACAUCGCCAUCAUCUGCACCUGCCUACCGCCAAUCCAACCCCUCCUCACGCGCAUCUGCCCGCGCCUGCUCUCUUCGCGCCCGCGCCCGCGCGACAGUCAACGCCAACGCCAACGCGAAAAGGACCUACCCUCUGUCUACUCGUUCCAUCUUAAUAACCCGUUCGCUGUGA